UUUUUUGCAUAGAGAUUCACACGCGAUCGAAAGGCCACGGAGACAUAAAGGAACUCAGCAGUGCUUACCUGUUCUUAGGUGUGGGGGUGACUGGGCGCCCUUGCUUCACUGUCACCUGGGGAUUUCUUUGGUAUCAGGGAUUUGGUUUGUUAGCUUUUGUUUUAUUAUUUUUUUUAAGUGUACAUUGUAUUUGGAAUAAAAAUGACGGUUAAUCCUGAAUACCUGGUGCUGCUGUUCACCACGACGUCUGGCGCGAGCGGAGAGCUGUUAGGUUCAGACGAGAAGGAAAUCGUUCAGCUUGUGUGGCAGGUCAUGAAUUUAAGCACUAAAAAGACUGGUGCAGUGAAUGAAGUGCUGGUGAAGCCAGAGAGUGUGGAAGUGACGGACGAGUGCAGAGAAGUGAGCGGCCUCAGUGAGGAGGCCCUUUCAGCUGCAGCUCCUCUCGAACAAGCUCUCAAUCAGUUUAAUGAAAGGUUGCACUCAGAAAUCAGCACAAGUUCAGGGAAUUCCUUCUGCCUCUGCACCGAUGGUCAGCUUCAUCUGCGCCAGGUUCUGCAUCCAGAGGCUUCCAGCAAGAACAUCACACUACCUGACUGUUGUUAUUCAUUUUUUGACCUGCGGAAAGAGUUCAAGAAGCAUUAUCCAACUGCGGCUGAUCUGAAGGACUUGGAUCUUAAGUUUAUGGAAGAUUACCUGAAUGUAAAGGUGGAUUCUGUCAAUAACUUUACUGCACUCAAGGUUCAUCAGAUGUCCAGCAUUGCUCUAGCGCUCAUCUCUGAGCCUGUCUGUGAAGCGUUCUCAUGCCCCGAGAAAGUGAAUGAGAAGUUUGAAACUGGAACCUGCAGUAAGUUGGAGCGGAUAGAUGACAAUACUGUGAUCAGGGCUCGAGGUCUUCCAUGGCAAUCCUCAGACCAAGAUGUUGCACGUUUCUUCAGGGGUCUCAACAUUGCCAAAGGGGGUGCUGCUCUGUGUCUGAAUGCUCAGGGCAGAAGGAAUGGUGAGGCACUUGUUCGGUUUGAGAGUGAAGAACACCGGGACCUGGCACUUCAGAGACAUAAACACCACAUGGGCUCAAGAUACAUUGAGGUUUAUAAAGCAACUGGUGAAGACUUCUUAAAGAUAGCAGGAGGCACUUCUAAUGAAGUUGCAAAGUUCCUGUCACGGGAGAACCAGGUGAUCGUGCGCAUGAGGGGGUUACCGUUUAUUGCCACAGCUGAGCAGGUCCUGCAGUUCUUCUCGCCAUCAUGCCCAGUGACGGAUGGUACAGAGGGUAUACUAUUUGUACGCUUUCCUGAUGGCAGGCCCACUGGGGACGCCUUUGUCUUGUUCUCCUGUGAGGAGUAUGCAGAGAACGCACUGAAAAAGCACAAGGAAAUCCUGGGCAAGAGGUACAUUGAGCUGUUCAAGAGCACGGCGGCAGAGGUGCAACAGGUUUUGAACAGAUAUUCUUCAGCUCCACUAAUUCCAGUGGCCCCCUCACCUAUCCUGCCCAUGGUGGCCCAGCCUGCAUUUGUACCAUCAGCAGUUGCUUCCAUACCUGGAAUGAGGGACUGUCUGAGACUGAGAGGUCUGCCAUAUGACGCUACUGUUCAAGACAUCCUGCUAUUCCUAGGCGAAUACACAGCUGAUAUUAAACCACAUGGAGUACACAUGGUUCUCAAUCAGCAGGGCCGUCCAUCAGGUGAUGCGUUCAUCCAAAUGCGGUCAACGGAAAGGGCACAUGCUGCAGCUCAGCGCUGCCACAAGCGCAGCAUGAAGGAACGCUAUGUGGAGGUAUUCGCCUGCUCAGCACAGGAGAUGAACGUGGUGCUGAUGGGUGGCUCGCUUUCACGGAGCGGCCUUUCGCCGCCACCAUGUAAGUUACGACGUCUGUCUCCUGCAUCUUACUCUUUUCCUCCUGCGGGUGCUGUACUUCCUGCUGGAGCAAUGCUUCCUGCAGGGCCAAUCCUUCCUGUGGAGGCAGCGGCUCUUUACCCUUCCCAGUUCCUGUUGAAUCCCCGCCCAAUGCCCCCAACUACAUACUACCCAGCAAACAACCAGAUGUAUGUGAACUAUACUGCCUACUAUCCAAGCCCCCCAGGCUCUCCACCCAGUAUAGGAUACUUCCCAGGAAGUACACACACACCUGGCUCUGUCCUCUCCAGCCACCAUGCAGCACUGAUCAGGAUGCAGGGCCACUCCUCCACUCAUACUUACACCACCGGAGUAAAGGAGAUCCUCAGCAUGGUGCAGGCUUAUCAGCCCAGCAACAGUGAAGCCUUGGUUACUCUUCCCCCUCUGCUCUCAGCCAAACAACCUAUUGCAGAUCAGAGUCUGGGAGGAGGAGCUUAUCUGGACCUGCAGCUGAUGUAGUCAGUGCCAGUCAUGAAGCCACCCCCCUUUAUUGGCAAAGUUUGGCCCUCAGCAACAUAGCAUGUUAUGUCAUUUUAGCUAUUUAUGUGAAUUUAAAAAAAAAAAAAAAAAAAAAAAAGAUUAUAUUUGAAUUUUUGUAUAUAUUGCACACUGUUUUACUGCAUUAUUAUGAGUUCAGUACUAUUCUGCUCAUAGACAGUAGUAGUUUCUGUCAGAUAUAUUUGUACCUUUGUUUCGAGUGUGUAUGUGUACGUGUGUACAUGUUAGAAAGAAUAAUCGCUCAGGAAAAAGCUUAACCGGAAUGAGCAUAUUUUUACCGUUUGCAUUGAAUCAAACUUCUAAUCUUCUAUUAUUCAUUUCUCAAUUUUUAAGAAAAAGUGCAUGUUUCUGUAGAGUGUGUUUGUGUGUGUGUUUGUGUGUGUGUUUGUGUGUGUGUUUGUGUGUGUGUUUGUGUGUGUGUGUGUUUGUGUGUGUGUUUGUUUGUGUGUGUGUUUGUUUGUGUGUGUGUUUAUGUGUGUGUUUGUGUGUGUGUGUUUGUGUCUGUGUUUGUGUGUGGCCCUGUUGCUACAGUCUACAUGCACGUUGAUGCAAAUGUUUGCCUACACGGAUGAGUGUUUGUGAUUUAUCCCAGUCGAUGUGACUACAAUUUGUAUGUGGCAAUGCAUAUAUAUGUCUUCAAGCUGGACUCCUUUUUUUCUUUUUUCUUUUUUUUCUUUCUUUUUUUUUUUUUGAAGCUUCCACAAUGAAGUUCAAAGAGCUACAAAACAUAAAAUGUUUACAAGGUAUGUCACAUCCUUAUGUGUGGCAGCGUGCAGUAGGUUUGGAGCACAAGUGUCGUCGCUCACAGAAGUUUGCUUUAAUCAUUUCGCCAAAAAAACAUUCAGGGUCAAACCACAACAGGAACAACCAGUACUUACUGUACUCUCUGUAUGUUUGUGUGUGUGUGUGUGUGUGUGUGUGUGUGUGUGUAUUAGCUGUUGUGCUUCAUCAUUAAAAUACACAAGUGUCAUCCUCAACCAUUUGAUAGAGAAACGCUUGUAUAUGUUAGUUUUAAUUGAUGUAAAUCUAUUGAUAAUUGUGUGUGUGUGUGUGUGUGUGUGUGUGUGAGAGAGAGUGGGUGCAAUAAUCAGUGUGUGUAUUUACUGUGCUCAACGAGUGUUUUGGGCCUACUGGACAGACAUACACACAUGUAUUUCAGAUUAUUCAUUUGUUAGUGCAUGUAAUGUGAUUUGAACUACAAGCCUGUUUCUAUGCACAGGCUUUUUUUAAUUGCCAUGAUUCUCUCAGCUUGUACUCACUGCUUUUUUAGUAAAGAAUUUUUGAGUAUGCUUAGUCUUUUAUAAAAUGUAGGAUUUAAAACAUGUUUCUUUAAGACGAUACAACCUUUCGGUUCCAUCGAGUUCCUUCCCAGAAGUGCCAACAGGAAGUAGUACAGAAAGCACUACUUAAUUAUACCAGGAAAAUCUCAAACUACGCCAUAUCAGAUGUCAGAAAUUUGUUUGAUGUUAUGGAGAAAGUGUUAUUUUAUUUUGGUAUUUUAAUGUUAACUUAAAAAGAAAGAAAAAAAAAAUAAAGACAAAGUUAACAGCUGUAUGGAAUCA